ACAUCCAUCCAUCCAUCCAUCCUGGUUUUUGUUUGGAUCUCGGGUGUAUGCGAUCGGGAUAAUUUAUAACAUCCCUUUACUUUAAUUUCUAGCACACACAGUUUACCAAAAUUGGCACUGCAAUGUCAUCUCAACGCCUGGUGAGAAAAGCGUCGCAUGCGGGUAGUUGGUACACCGACUCGGCACGAGAAUUAAGGUAUCAACUUGAAAACUGGCUUUCGGCUGUGGGGCCGCCAACAUUUGGCCCGGCCAGGGCAAUCAUAGCGCCGCAUGCUGGCUAUCAGUACUGUGGUGCCUGUGCUGCAUACGCCUACAAGCAAGUCGACCCUUCUUCCGUGCGGCGUGUCUUCAUCCUGGGGCCCUCCCACCACGCCCGUCUUGGAGGGUGUGGUCUUUCCCCAGCUAAAUCCUACAGGACACCCUUAUAUGAUCUCACCAUAAAUCAGGAAGUUUAUGAAGAACUUUACGAGACUGGUGCAUUUGAAGAGGUAUCAAUUCAUGUUGAUGAGAAUGAGCACAGUCUAGAAAUGCAUCUACCUUACAUUGCGAAGGUCAUGGAAAACCAGGAGUUCACCAUUGUGCCCAUCAUUGUGGGAUCAUUGAGCCCUGAGAACGAGGCUUUCUACGGCCGACUGCUCAGCAAGUACCUCGCUGAUGCCGACAACCUUUUUGUCAUAUCCUCAGACUUUUGCCACUGGGGGGCUAGGUUUCACUAUCAGUUCUACGACAAGUCCUGGGGCAACAUCCACCAGUCCAUUGAAAAGCUGGACAAACAGGGGAUGAGCAUAAUCGAGGAGCUUUCUCCAACUGCGUUCACCGCGUACCUCAAGAAGUAUGGAAACACCAUCUGCGGCCGCCAUCCCAUUGGGGUCCUGCUUAAUGCUGUGGACACACUCCAAAAUGCUGGAAACGGCCACAGGAUGGCGCUCAAGUUCCUGAAGUAUGCCCAGUCCAGUCAGUGUAUGAGCAUGAGCGACUCUUCUGUCAGCUACGCCUCAGCCGCUCUACGCCUUGAGUGAUACUGAAUGCCAAAGCAUUUCUUUUUAAUGAUUUUCUUUGUGCAUAUGCUUGUACUUGCGAAUUUGUUUUUGUUGCUCUCCAGUAGAUGUAAUUUCUUUCAUUGAAUGAUGCAUUUUUGAUGUGUGAACUCAUGAUGAUGUGUAAUGAGCUCAGUGCGUGUAACUUUGUUGACUUUUUUAUAUCUGAGCAAUUGUAACAUUUGUGUAAAAGAGCUGUGGGAAGUGAUUUGAAUAUAUGUCACAUCCAGCUCACCACAGUGAAACCUUUCUUGAAUGAACGCUUUCCUUACACGAGUUGUUUUAUCACACUUGAAAACAACUGUGAGGAAAUUAUGUAAUAGCCAUUUUCAUUGCUGAUGACGGUAAUGAUGUGACUGUUGACAGGCAGUGAUUGUCAGUGCCUCACUGGUUCAGUGGCUUGAAAUAAAAAAAAAUUACGAUUAACUUAUGAGAGUGACUGAACAUUAGCCACGCUGAACCACAUCAUGUGACCUAACCUGUGAUACUGUUUCUGGCUCCAGCUGUCAUUUUGUGCUUGGAAAUUUUCGUGCACUGAACUUAUUUUGUGCUGAUCUAAUUUAGAAUAGGUUUGCUGUUGAUUAAAGCCUAGCUUUCAACUCAUGCACUUGGAGCGUCAUUGAAGUGGCAACUUUAAAGCUACUUGGACGACUGUAGUAAGUCGCUCAAGAUGAUACUGCUGACUUCAUGCAACAUUCAGUCUAUUGAAUGUGUGGCUGUAACUGCUUUUUCAAUCUCUUAAUGUUCAUUCAAGCAAAGUUUUGCUGCACACUUGCAUUUUUAAACACGAGAUGGGACAUGCUGAAAGCUGCAACUUGAUCUUUUGUGGUUUGCUUACAACCACAACUGUAGGCUGAAGGUUAGUUUGUUUAACUGGUAGGUUAGUAUAGGAAUGAGUCUAUGUGUAACUUAUAAAAAGUGUGCUCAUACAGCCAUGAGUUUUGCUGCGGACAAAAGCGAUCACUGUUAUCAUUGUAAGAUAUGCAAGCAAAGGCUUGUGGUCCCUAGUGUGAAAACAAGAAGCUAAUGAUUAUGUAGAAUCGCCUGCUGUAGUGGCUUGGUGUCUAUUGCAUUCAGCUAUAGAGUGCAAGAUUGCAGGCUUAUUUACCAGCGGCAUUCCGAUGGGGGCAGAAUGCAAAAAUGCUUGUGCAGUGAGGUUUCUUUGGUGGUAAUUGGCAGUCAAAGCCUUGGUAGUCAAAAUUAAUCUAGAACUCUCCACUAUGGCAGCCUUGCAGCAUAUGUGUAGCUCUGGGAUGUAACACCCUAUCAGUUAUUACUGUAAUAUUAGAGUUCACAUUCGAACCAAAACAGACAAGCUUGUGUUGUUUCCCAUAUCAAGUGAUAGCCAUUAAAUGGUCCAAGCUUUAUAUUUACAGUUGUGACCACGUUAUAGAACAGAUAAAAUAAAUACAGAAUUUUUCUUGCUGUUAACAGCAUGUAACGAAUCUAUGCUUACAACAAAUAUUGGACAUAAUGCACAGUCAAACCUUGUUAUAACAAACUCGCUUUGAUGCCAAGUGCCUUUGUUAUAAAUGCAAUAUUCGUUGUAACCAUGUAUUCAUUACAUGCUGGUGUUGGUAAGAAACAUUUUUAAUUUACUUAUAUCUUGUAAUUUGUUAUACCCGUGUUCAUUAUAUCGAGGUUUGUAAUUUUCAUGUUGGUUAUUUUUUUAGGAAGGUGCUAUUAGACAUUUUUAGCAGAAGUAUGUUUUGUUCUCUCUGCUCACACUUGCAUGCUCAACUGCACAGGAGCAGCAGUGGUGAAAAUGAUUUUAUCUGAGCACUUCGAGAGUAUAGUAGGCAUGCGAUCUAGUGCAGCAGUUGCUCCAGGGAGCACAAAUGUGACGUCGAGAAGGCAAGAUCUGCCACACACUCAAAAACAGGAAUGACUAACUAAUAAUUUCACACCUAAGUAAUUUGCUAACUUUGCUAUGUGAAGUCUGUGUAUUCUUUCAUCGUGUCAAAACUUGGCUUUUAGAACAUUUUCACUUCCUCGAAAGGAUCGCAGCAGUUAACAGUAGUGAAGUUGUAACAAAUGGCAAAUUAUGUUGCAUCUAAAUAUUUUCUUCAGUCAAUGCGUACAUAUUUGUGUACGUGACUUAAUUUCGCCAGAUUUGUCCAGUAGUGCAAAGAAGAAAGCACUGGGUAAACUGAAUCCUCUGCUUGCUUAACAUGGCACUCCAUUGGGCAGAGUAUUGCUGCUCAAGACCUCUUUACUGAAGGCACUUCCUUGUUUGAUGAUAUGUUUGGCAUGCUACAUUCUGUCUGCAAUGUGAAUUAAUACUUGUUCCUAUUGUUCCUUGUAACCAAUAUUAAUGAAAUAGUGCAGGGGUUUUGAGCCAGUGAUUCACUGCUGUUUAUGAAAAAGUGGUACAUGAGUGACAGUACAAUAAAUCAAUACAUUAUUUCUCUGUUUAUGUGGACUCUCUAGAAAAGGAGGAAGAAUUAUUGUCCAAUUUUGACUUUCUCAGCGGAAUCGGAGGUAGCUUGUAGUAAUGUCUAAAUUUGACACAUUUAUUGACAGUACAUUAUAAUUCACGAGUUCAUAGAGUGGCUUGUUGGGCUGGCUGAUACAUAGUUAUACUAGGAGAAUGCCAGCAAACUUCAUGUUUGUUGGCAUUCCCGUGUUAUAAUUCAUGAGUGAAAACAGUGUGAAAGGAAAUGCAGCUUUUGCUCGAUUUUACUGCAGAGAAGCUCGCUGAAGCUAGCUCUCUCGCUCUGCUAUGCCCUACAGUGCAAAGAGUGCCAGCAAUCUUGGAGGCCACAAAUGAUUUGUAUGUUCCACAUUUGUGAGAAAAUUCAAACACACAUUGGUAAAUAAGUGCAGCGGUAUAUUGGUCGUGAAUGCUGAACAUUGUACCAGUGAUAAUGAUUGAGUAGUUGGCAUGGUACACUCGUGAAAAAUUGCAUGUAUGUUUUGUUGCCUCCACUUUGAAUAAACUGGUUAGUCAGUGAAGGGAAUGAAAACAGUGCAUGGACAGUAGUAGGAACCCUUUGUGGCUGUCUGUUUUGUUCUAAAAUCUAGUUAUUUGUUUUCACGUACCAACUAUCCCAGCAACAUGUUCUUACGAACAGAUGCUAUUUGAGUCUAUUCUCUCUACUUCAGCUAGAUUAAAAAUGUACCAACUUGUUCGACUUGUUUUCUCUUUCAUGAAAUGUGGGUUCCAAAUGGUUCAAAUUUUCAAGAAAAUAUUGUCAAGUGCUAGAGUGCUCUGACAGUUUACUGUAAUACUUGUUUCAACCGGCAAGUUUUGCUUUUGGUCCCUAAGUAGUGAAUGCUUGAUGACAUCACAGCACACAUGUUUGCUCGGUGCACGUGAUCUCUGUGGCUGCUGCAUGGGAACUCAGCCAGAAUAAACACAUGCAGCACUCUUGUUUAUUUAUAUUUAUGAGCAACGUGAUCAUAGUGUUGUCGCUGAACACCGUCAGCACUUCAUGUCAUGAUGUGAUGAUAAUGUCGAUGAUGACAGGCCCGGCAUUUUGAGACCAACUUUGAUAUCAAAUUAAGGUAUUUAUAAGUGUCUCCCAUCGUUUGUACCUUCUGAAGUGUCGCUUUAUGUUGAGAAGCAUGCAGUACAGUUUCUGAAACUUUAAAAAUAUGUGUUAGUUCUAUCUCUCAACUCAUUUUUUUUUUGAGGAAGCCUAUACUUUGAGGGCAGCUUAGCUUGUUGGACCUAAACGUCAGUUUUAUCAUUAAACUAAGCUUGCAUUUCUGUU